UUUACGCCGUAGCGUACUUAUUCGGAAUAGUGAGAAAAGAAAAAGAAAAAAAAACUAUGAUUGGUCGAUUCACCGUAAGGCAUUGCUUAGCAAAUGAAUUGUAAAUCUACACUUAAGAUUUUUGGCGGCAGUAUUGGUGGUACUUUGUUGCAAAGGUUAUGCUACAUAUUGUGGAAAAGCGUGAGAAAAUGCUAUUGCAUCCAACACUACAGCCAGAAAUAGUCGACAUUUAUGGUAAGAUUUUUACGUGAGGAAAUACGAAUUUUAAAGAAGUGAAUACAAGUUUUUAUUCAAAAUGUUAUCUACCGUCGUUUCUAAUGGAGAUAAUAGUGAAAAGGAAAAUCAUCCAGAAGUUGAAAAUCUUGAUGGGCAUAGAUUGUCAUUGAAAAGAAGUAUUUACAAGGAAAAUAAUAUUAAUGAAACAAGUUCACAUAUAGAAAAGAAUCACGAAAAUAAUAUUAAAGAUAUUGAAAAUAAUUGUGUGCCGCUCUCUAUCAACAAUGCAUUGUAUGAUGCAGGUAACGAUAGGAAAAAGCUACGCAGUGGAAAAUAUGUCAGUGAUAAAAAUAUGCUCAGUCCAAAUAGGACUAAAAAGAAUAUUAAUAAAAGUGAAAAAUUAAAAACCUCCUGGAAGAGGUUUACCAAGCAAACAAAUUCAGAAGAACCUAUAAUAAAUAACGGACAAAAAUCUUUUGAAUCUUUCGAGAUUAAAACUAAAUCAAUUCCUGAACCUAUCGUUAAGGUAGAAAGUAUAGAGUCCAAUGAAACCAUAAAUGAUGAAUCUGAUAAUAUUUCUAAAAAACCUAAGCAUGAAGAUAAUAACCAUAAUAUAAGUGAAAUGAAACCACAAAUUAAAAAAAGUAUAGAUAUACCGCAAAAAUGUGAAUACUGUCGUCAAAAAUUAAUUCCGGAAGAAAUAAAGUUGUACCAAGGUCAUCCUAAUGGGGCUGUAGAAGAAUUUAUCGCUUUGACAGAUCCAAGAUUAUCUUUAUUUACGGGAGAAGAGGCCAUGAUACACGAAAGUGAUGAAAGGCCACAAAACAAAUUAACAUAUUUUAGUGUGUAUGACAAAAAUGGUCACUUGUGUCCUUUUGAUACUGGUUUGAUUGAAAAAAAUGUAGUAUUAUAUUUCUCUGGGUAUAUGAAAGCUAUAUAUGAAGAAAAUGCAUGUCCCGAAGGAGGAGUUCCUACGAAAGAUAUGGGACCAAUAAAUGAAUGGUGGGUGUCUGGAUUUGAUGGAGGAGAAUUAGCUCUUAUAGGCUUUAGCACACCAUUCGCAGAAUAUAUUUUAAUGGAACCUUCCGAAGCAUAUGCACCUUUUAUGGAUAGUAUAAGACAAAAGAUCUAUAUGAGCAAAAUUAUUAUAGAAUUUUUAUUAGAUGAAAUCAAUCCAACUUAUGAGGACUUAUUAAAUAAACUUCAGACCAUAGUACCACCAAAAGGUUUACCUAAGUUUACGGAAGAUGCUUUACUUCGACACGCGCAGUUUAUCUGUGAUCAAGUUAUUUCUUUUGAUGCCUCAGCCAGACCAGAAGAUCCAUUAUUAAUUACAAAUGCAUGUAUGAGAGCAUUAGUAUCUUUGGCUGGUAUAACUGUUGGUAAAAAAGCUGCAAUGCGCAGAGUACAACAGAAGCAUCAAAAAGAGAAAAAGCCUAGUUGGACUAAAGCAACAACAACAAAAUUGGUUAACAAUACGUUCGAAACAUUUUUCACUGAUCAAUUAGCAAAGGAUGAUGAAAAAGACGUGGCUGGUCCUAGGAGACAUAGAUGUGGAGUAUGUGAAGCUUGCCAACAAUCUGAUUGUGGAACUUGCAUCGCGUGUAAGGAUAUGACGAAGUUUGGUGGAACUGGUAGAAGUAAACAAGCAUGUCUUAGGAGAAGAUGUCCAAAUAUGGCCAUUCAAGAAGCAGAUGAUUCUGAUCUUGAAGAUGACGAAUUGACUGAUGCUCUUAUAGAAAAUACAAAAAUUACUCAAAAAAUGAUUCUUAAAGCAUUCAAACAUGUUGAUAAAAAAAUAGAGUGGAUAGGACCACCUGUCGCAGAGGAUGGUAGAAGAACAUUUUAUGAGGCAGUAAAAUUAAUAGAUGAAGAAAUUCGGGCAAAUGAUUGUGUCCUUAUUGAAUCGAGCGAUCCAACUGUUCCAUUACAAAUUGCCAAAGUUAUAUAUAUGUGGCAAGAUAAGAACGGUGGUAAACUAUGCCAUGCAAAUUGGUUCCGCAGAGGUAGUGACACAGUUCUUGGUGAAACAUCUGAUCCCUUAGAAUUAUUUGCACUAGAUGAAUGUGAUAAUAUACCAUUCACCUCCAUCAAAUGCAAAGCCACUGUUAUCUAUAAAGAGAAGCCAAUAGAUUGGUCUGAAUUAGGUAAUUCGGAUCGAGCAUUAGAAAAUGAAGUCAAAGAUGAAAUUGGGAAAACAUUCUUCUAUCAAAAACGAUACACUUCCGAAACUGCCCGAUUUGAAGAUCCUGCUUUAGAUGCUAUUUGUCCGCGAAAGGAUAUUAGUCAUCGGUUUUGUCCUGCAUGUAUACGUUUUACUGACUUGCAAUAUUAUUAUACACCCAAGGUUUUCGAAUUUAUAGAAGAAAGAAAUAGCAAAGAAGUGAUCUAUGGUGUAGUUAAAUAUAAAGGUGAAGAAUUUAGAGUUGGGAGUGCAGUAUUUUUGUCACCAAGUGCUAUCAAAUUUAAAUAUACAGCCACAAGUCAUACUAUAUCAAAGCCAAAAAAAGGUAAAGUAGAUGAGGAUAUGUAUCCGGAGUAUUAUCGAAAAUCAUCGGAACACGUAAAGGGUUCGAAUUAUGAUACGCCUGAACCUUUCCAUAUCGGAUAUAUAAAUAUGAUAUAUGUUACUACUACUAAUAAAUUAGUUGCUUCUUCUGAUAUUUGGAUUAAAGUAAACAAAUUGUAUAGACCAGAGAAUACACACAAAGGCCUUAAUUUGAUGCAUCAAGCUGAUUUAAACAUGUUGUAUUGGAGCGAUGAAGUGUGUAAUGUGAAAUUCUCUGAAGUAACUGGAAAAUGCUAUUUGAUUUACUCAGAAAAUUUAGAUAGGUCGUUACAAGAAUGGUCUGCGGAAGGCCCAUAUCGAUUUUAUUUUACACAAGCUUACAAUGCUUCAGAAAAAACGUUUGAUGAGCCGUCAUAUCAGGCUAGUAAUAUUGGUAAAAUCGGUAAAGGCAAGGGUAAAGGAAAGGGUAAAAGAUCAGAGAAUACUGAAACAAAGAAGUUUAUUGACAAACCUAUUACUUACAACAAAGUAGAUAAACCAUUAAGAACUUUAGAUCUCUUUGCUGGUUGUGGUGGUUUAUCCGAAGGAUUACAUCAAGCUGGUAUAGCUGAAAAUAAGUGGGCCGUGGAAAAAGAAGAUGCCGCAGCAUGCGCAUAUAAACUUAAUAAUCCUAAAGCAAUUGUAUUUUCCGAAGACUGUAACAUAUUGCUUCGAAGAGUUAUGAACGGUGACAUUUGUGACGAUAAUGCACAACAAUUACCUCAAAAAGGUGAAGUGGAACUUUUAUGUGGUGGACCACCUUGUCAGGGAUUCAGUGGCAUGAAUCGAUUCAACUCGCGUCAAUAUUCUUUGUUCAAAAAUUCCUUAGUAGUAUCCUGUUUAUCUUGGUGCGAUUACUAUAGACCGAAAUUUUUUAUAAUGGAAAAUGUUCGAAAUUUUGUUUCAUUUAAAAGAAGUAUGGUGCUUAAACUUACUUUGAGAUGUCUCGUUCGAAUGGGCUACCAAUGUACAUUUGGUAUCCUUCAAGCUGGAAAUUAUGGUAUUCCACAAACGAGAAGAAGAUUGAUCAUUUUGGCGGCUGCUCCAGGAGAAAUGCUUCCAAAAUAUCCAGAACCAACACAUGUAUUUAGCAAACGUGCAUGUCGUUUGAGUGUCAUUGUUGAUAACAAGAAAUAUUCUUCGAACUGUGAUUGGACAGAAUCGGCACCUUACAGAACAAUUAGUGUUCGAGAUGCUAUGUCUGAUUUACCUAAUAUUAGAAAUGGGUGGAAUCAAGAGGAAAUGUCUUACAGCGAUGAACCGAUUUCAUACUUCCAAAGAAAAAUUAGGAACGUACAAGAUUCAAUACUAAGGGAUCACAUAUGUAAAGACAUGGCACCACUCGUAGAAGCAAGAAUAGCACAUAUCCCUACUGCAAGUGGUUCCGAUUGGCGCGAUUUACCUAAUAUCAUAGUUCGUCUAAGUGAUGGCACGUACUCUAAAAAAUUAGAAUAUACUCAUCAUGAUAAGAAAGCAGGCAAAAGUUCAACUGGUGCAUAUCGUGGUGUAUGCAGUUGUUGUUCUGGCAAAACGUGUGAUCCAAUAGACAGACAAUAUAAUACUUUAAUUCCAUGGUGUUUACCACAUACUGCAAAUCGUCAUAAUCAUUGGGCAGGAUUAUAUGGACGAUUAGAAUGGGAUGGAUUUUUUGGUACGACCAUUACGAAUCCAGAACCCAUGGGGAAACAGGGUCGCGUUUUACAUCCAGAACAAACUCGAGUAGUAAGUGUAAAGGAAUGUGCAAGGUCUCAAGGAUUCCCUGAUUCAUUCCGUUUUUAUGGCAAUAUAUUAGAUAAACAUCGACAAGUUGGCAAUGCCGUCCCACCACCAUUAGGUACAGCAAUAGGUCAGGAAAUAAGAAAAUGUUUAAAGAAUGAGGAUAUAAUAAUUCAAUCGUUAAUAAGAGAGGAUAUAGAAGAUAAGGAGAUCAAAUAUGAACCUACGUUGGAUUAAUCCUUGUAAACUUAUUAUAAUGUAUUUAUGAAACGUUGAAAAAAACUGACAAAUAUGCACAAACUUAGUUACAAAAAUAUGUCUGAGUUGGUGAUGGGUAUUAAUGAAACGUGUUCAGUAAGAGUAUUCAUUCGAUUAUUAUUAUGAGGUAUAAUAUGUCUUAUUUUAUAUUAAGGAAGAAAAAUGUUCAAAAAUCUGACAUACUGUAUUACUUUAUAUGUUACGAUUACUUAAAUGUUACUUAAAAUGUUUCGAAGAUCAUACACUUUGCUAUAUGUUAUGUGUUUUUAAUUAUACUUAUUAAGAUUAUUAUUAUUAUUAUUA